AUGUGCGAGCUGAACACAGAGCCACCUGUCAGGAGCUUCCAUAAACUCACAGUGAUAUCAAGAGGGCUGACUCCACCAGAGAACCAGAACGUCACAGACAGUUACUCAGCCAACAUCCCGACGCUCUCGUCGCUGGCUCUGUCACACAACUACACCGACUGCUGCGUCGCUGCCAACGUCACCAAGACCUGCCUCGGCUUCUGCAGCAUACAGACCAUCCUGGAGGGUACGGGACAAGACCCUGAGACCUGCCAGCCUGAUUUUCCUGCUAUUGUCAAGUGCAUGGCAGAUGGUCGUAACCACGUGCCAUGCUGUGUGCAAGAGAGAGUGCCGGACAUAUGCCAAGAUGUCUGCCGCGGGGAGUUUACUCCAGUGACAGACAACAUCAAAACUCACUACUCCUGUGCAUCGUAUAUGGAGAAAACCUUGGCCUGCAUUGUUGAAGGCAUUGAACUCCUCCCAAGUCCACCAGAAGACGUGGAAGUGGAUCCUCUAAAUGAAAAGCAAUUAAACGUAUCCUGGAGCCCUCCAGUAGAGAACACAGACUCAGUCAUAGAAUAUGUUGUAAAUGUGACUACACUGCGGUCCUUUGACGCUCAUUUAAUAGACCCAUCCGAGAGCUCCAUCAAGAACAAUGACACUAUGAAGACAGUUCUACCUAUGACGUAUAAAGUGCCUCCAAAUAAAACGUACUUUGUAGUCAACGAUCUGCUGCCGUUCACGAUGUAUGAGAUCACGGUGACGUCAUACAAUAUCCAUGGAUCCAGCUUACCUAGUUAUGCUAUCAGGUCUCUAACCCUGACUCCUGGAAAGAUGAAGUCUACGGAUGUAGCGGCAGCCCCCAAGCUGCCAGAUGUCCGUGGAUGCUGCGUGUCUGCGGGAGUCAACCAUUACGGUUGUGUCGAUAAACUCUGUGACCCCACCAAGACCUUCGAAAUUGCAGUAACAGACUUGAUGAUCUGCGCUCCCUGGGCUGGUGUGACCUUCGGGUGCCUGGCCAAUGGCAUGGACCAUACUCCGUGCUGUCGGUCUAAAGGUCUACCGGAGUCCUGUCUCCCGCUGUGCAGUGGGAACAUCACCACUCUUGACUUCAAUCACUUCAAGUGCCUUCGCUAUAUGAACUCUUACACCAACUGCCUCCUCCGAGGCUACGGAGUCCUCCCUGGAGCUCCCUCGCGUCUGUACCUGACGAACAUCGACACAGACUAUGCAGUGGUGCACUGGUCGCCUCCUGCGGCCUUGGCUGACACCGUGCAGUAUUAUAAUCUUCAUUACAAGACUCUGCAGGCUGGAGAUGAAUACAGGGUUCUGGAAAAGGUACACUCACCGUAUAUCUUAGAGGACCUGGAGUCCAACAUGGAUUAUGAGAUCUAUUUGGAAGCUGUCAACGAACACGGAGUGGGAGACGCUUCUCCAAGACUCAUCUUUAGGACACAGAGUCAAGUGAUAGAAAGAAGAAGAAGUAGCGAACUCAUACAACGUGACAGCGUGUUGCGAGCGUGUCCAGCUGGCUGGCGUGUGUAUGCCGCUGUGCUCGUAUGACGCCAAGAUGUCCGACCUGAGGAUGCUCGCUCCACUCUGUGCGCAGGACUUCCACAAGCUGCUGAGAUGUGGUGCUGGAGGCCGCAACCACGAGCAGUGCUGCGCGCGGCGCGGGGUGCCGGGCGCCUGCCGCGGGGUGUGCGCCGGCGCGUACAGCGGGGGGGUCAACUCCUGCGUGCCUUACAUCGGGAACAUCGUGCAGUGCUUCGAGGAAGGUACCGGUCUUCUACCAGGUCCUCCAAGGGAACUGCAUGCCCUGGUGAACUCCAACAGCGUGUUCCUGGACUGGAGCACUCCUCAGGACGGAGCCAACGCCACCUCGUACGUGGUCUACUGGCAGAAGAUAGACAAUAACUCGCAGCCCUACAGCUACAAUACCAUGCAGAGUACUUACAAUAAACUCAACGUAUCAGACACAUUGACCCACAUCAAUGACCUGGAGAAGAACAGCACAUACCACGUGUUCGUGGUCGCCGCCAACGUCUACGGAGAGUCCCUGCCUUCCAGCAUGCUACUCUUCAAUGUGUCUGAGACUGAAGAGAAGGAGGUAGCAGGAAUCCCGUCGCCACCUCACUCUCUAUCCGUCUCCUCUCAUUCUGCAACAUGGCUGACUUUGACCUGGCAGCCUCCACAGUUCUCACAACCUGAUGAGAAGAUCUCAUAUACAUUAUUCUACAAAUCACCAUCUCAAUUAAGCCAGACCAACGUGACGAACAUUACUACGACAGUGCCGGGACAUACGCUGGAGAAGCUGGCACCAAACACCCAGUAUGUCAUCUGGGUGAAGGCCCAUGCUGCUGCUGGAGACUCACAACCCUCGGAGACGUUACUGGCCUGGACUGACCCAGCUUACCCUGCAUAUGUUGAGCCGCCAUCAGUGAACCCAGUGAACCUAGUAGUAGAAGGAUCUAGCAUGACCAUUCUCUGUAUCGCCAUGGGAACACCCACACCGACCAUCUCAUUAUACAUCUCUGGUCGCCUCGUCCGUCAAGAAGUGACACGUCACAUGGUAACUGUGAUCCACAACGUGACUAGAGACAUGGAUCAGAUAUCCUGCUACGCCGACAAUGGAUACGGCACUCCCAUGCAAGCCUCCAGAAAGAUCAACAUCUCACAUGUACCCACAAUCCAAGCGUCUGGUAUCACAAUGGCGGCUGCUGGAGAUGCCGUGAUCCUCGAGUGCCGAGUGGAGGCCCUGCCUAAACCUACCAUCGCAUUCUGGAGGGAUCCUAAUGGCAGAACUCCUGUCAUUGAUGGACCUAACUACACUAUACAGCUGUUGGCUGAUCCUGAGGAACAAACCAAGUACACGAUGCGUCUGAUAAUAAAGAAGAUAGCAGAAGCAGACGAAGGGGACUACUUCUGUCACGCGGAGAACGCGUUUGGAAAGACUUUGAGACCGGUCUCUGUGAGACUCAGGCCCACCAUGCCUCACCACAAUGUCACAGCAUGCUGUACACAAAUGAACGUGUCAUCAUCCUGCAUAGACGCGUGCAGCUUCCACCUGGAGAUGGACAACAUCAUGGACCGUCCGGAGUGUAUGAACGACUUCGACAAACUCAUGAAGUGUGCUGCUGACGGAUCUGACCACCGUAGUUGCUGUGCAUCGUGGGGCGUGCCCCGUCAGUGUCUGGAAUUAUGCCGUGGCGGUGUGGUAUCACGCUCCUGUGCCAUGCAUCACGCGCGCCGUGCACUAGCUUGCUUCAGAGACGCCGGUCCACGCCUGCCAGGACCACCACGAAACUUGCGCGCGCAUCAUGCGCCCACACCCAACUCUGUACUGCUCAGUUGGGAGCCUCCACUAAAGAAUCCUCAGACGGUAUACCUGUACCGCGUGUUCUGGCGAGCGUACGGUGCCAAGGUGCCUGAGAAGCUGGACACCAGCGAAACCAGCGUAGUACUGACUGGUCUGCAGGACGAUGUCAAGUACGAGUGCGUGGUCAAGGCAGCUAAUGAUGUUGGUACAUCCUCAUUGAGCUCGCCGAUAAUGUUCACGACGGCGGGCCAGGAGACUGGCGCCGCGGCCGCGCCCGUCAACAGCGGCGGCGCGGCACCGGCUGUAGGCGUCGCCGUGGCAUGCCUACUGGUAGCUGCCAUACUACUCGCUGCAGGCUUCUACUAUAGAUAUAGAAAGAAUCUUAGACUUAAAGCACAAGGAGGUGUAGCAUUUGAAAAUCCAAGCUACCUCAGGGAACCAAAUCCUGAUACUGCCGUCAAUGGUACCGUGCCGAAUGGCACCGCUAAUGGCUCGAAUGGCACCAACGGUGUGGCACCAAUGGCCAAUGGAGUAUCAAAUUCAGCGGCAUGGAGACAGGAAACCCUGAAUAACCCUGGAACUACAAUCCCGAACGCUCGGGAGGUGGACCCGACGCUGUACGAGGAGCUGAAGUUAGGGCACGACGGGGCAGGGUUCAAGAGACUGAAGCCAUAG